UCACGUCUGCCACCUCUCCUUCACAUUUGUGCUCUCCUUUAAAGUUUUACAGGUUGUGAAGCCUGCUUCUGACUCAUCACCAAACACACACACACACACAUACACUGCGUUUAUAUACUUCCCUCUCCCACCAAACCAAGCACACAUACUAUGUUACAAUCUUGCCGUUGUGAAACAGUGCAAUUGUUCCGGUUGUCGUCUCGACUAUGAAAUUCGAGGAUUUGUUGAUGCAGCAAGGCGAAGAUAAACAUGUUAACAAACUCCAACUCCAAGAACAGGUUGAGAGAUUGGAGGAAGAGUUGGAAGGGGAGCUUCAGAUGAAGAGGGUGUUGGAAUGCACUAUGCAAGGACCAACUGGCUGCUGCCACUCAUGUUCAUCUCUCACCCCCUUCCUUCCUUUUCAGGUGCAAAUGCUUCUUGCUGAUUUAGCGUUGGUGGAACAAGAGAUAGAUUGGGUGGAGAGAAAGAUCAAUGACCUCAAAUCGGACAUCCACCAUGAGAAGCAGAAGAGAAAGGAAAUGGAGGUGGUGCAGUUGAAAGAGUUCCGGCCAAAACUGGAGCAACGGCAACUCAGGAAGUUGCCGUCCAGACGACCAAACCAGAUGCAACACAAGGAGAGCGACGCGUUCUCAACAUCACAAAACUACGAAAAUAGAAGAUGCAGAAUACCAGGAGACAGGAGAGCAUCUCUGGGUUCCUCCAAGGAACUUCAAAAUGCAACAUUCCUGGGAAAACAUGGUGGUAAACCCGAUUUUCCCGUUUCCAGGAGAAGAGCUUCAGCUUUGAAUGGCAACAUAACUAUAAAGCCAUCCAGCUCCUCAGCUGCGGAAACGGAAUGGGGAAGUGGGGAUUUAAAAUUCUGUAACGGUCGCACAGUUCAAGGCCAAAUAGGUACAGAGAGUGAAGUAGUAAACCCCAACAAGCUCUCUGUAGAUCUUAUCAAGUGCUUGAUAAACAUAUUUCUCAAACUGAACCUGACCACAUUCAAGAGCAAAGGGUCGACUAACCUCUCGAAGCAGACUCUGGCCUGCAUGAACUCGAAAGGCUUGGUGUCCAAAGCCACAUUCAGCUGCAGAACACCUGUGUUUCCGUUUAUCGAUAAUGCAUCCCAUCUUGAUCCUUAUGAAAUUUUGCCUGAACCUGGUGCUAACAUCAGAGACAUCGGGCCAUACAAGAAUUUCAUAGAAAUAACAAAAACUACACUGGACACAAGCCGUUUUUCUGAAUGUCUCCCGGACGUGCAGAGACUGAGGAUUUUGAUGCAGAAACUCAGUAAAGUCAAAGUAAACCACUUUAGCCACAAGCAGAAGCUCGCAUUCUGGAUUAACAUUUACAACGCCUCCAUAAUGAAUGCCUUUCUGCAACAUGGGCUGCCUUCUACACAGGAGAAACUGCUCUUACUCGUGAACGAGGCUGAAAUCAAUGUGGGAGGUUUCAUAUUCAAGGCUUCCACGAUUGAGCAGUGCAUCCUCAGACAUCCAGCAGAAGCUAAGCAUGAAUUAACUGAUGAGAGGGAAAUAAUUCUAAGGCAAGCUUGUGGUCUAGACUAUCCAGAACCUAAUGUCAUAUUUGCUCUCUGUCGAGGCAACUGGUCGUCUCCAGCACUAAGGUUUUACAUGCCCGAUGAAGUAAUGAACGAAUUAGAGAAAGCUAAAGUAGAGUAUCUGGAAGCAUCAGUAGGAAUUACGAGCAAGAAGAAGAUUUCAGUGUCAAAACUCAUGCACCGGCACACGAAGGACUUUGCUGAUGAUAUGGAGUCGCUUCUAGAGUGGAUCUACAGCCAACUACCUCUUACAAGCUCACUGAAAAGAUUGAUGAUGGAGUGUCUAAAUGGAGAAACUCAAUCUCCAUCACAUAAGCUGAUAGAAAUUCAGCCUUAUGUCUUCGAAUUUCGUUACUUGAUCCCCACAUAGUAAGAAGUUAGCAUCCCAUAUAGAUUACAGAGACGAUACAAGAACCAAAAAUAUGUCAGGUAGUGGACAAUUUUUUCCAGUAUAUGUGAUAAACAAGAUAAUAUUUCUAGAUACCCUUUCUUCCAGAAGGGAAAUGGAAUGAAAGCAGCUGCAGUAUGAAAUAGUUUCUGAGAUU